AUGUUACUCCCGAGAGACGAGCCCCGAUCUUACGCCCGAGAGACGAGCCCCGAUCUUACGCCCGAGAGGCGAGCCCCGAUCUUACGCCCGAGAGACGAGCCCCGAUAUGAUACGCCCGAGAGACGAGCCCCAAUAUGUUACACCCGAGAGACGAGCCCCAAUAUGUUACACCCGAGAGACGAGCCCCGAUAUGUUACGCCCGAGAGACGAGCCCCGAUCUUACGCCCGAGAGACGAGCCCCGAUAUGAUACGCCCGAGAGACGAGCCCCGAUAUGUUACGUCCGAGAGACGAGCCCCGAUAUGAUACGUCCGAGAGACGAGCCCCAAUAUGUUACACCCGAGAGACGAGCCCCGAUAUGUUACGCCCAAGAGACGAGCCCCGAUCUUACGCCCGAGAGACGAGCCCCGAUCUUACGCCCGAGAGACGAGCCCCAAUAUGAUACGCCCGAGAGACGAGCCCCAAUAUGUUACGCCCGAGAGACAAGCCCCAAUAUGUUACGCCCGGGAGACGAGCCCCAAUAUGUUACACCCAAGAAAUGA